GCAAAAUCGCAUUGCAAUGUGUAGGUAUAGAUAUCGUAUAGACGCUAUACCUCACAAAGGCGCUUGGGAUAGCGAAGCCGGCAAGUUUGCUGGAAGUGCUUCACCUUGUUAAUUCUAGCUGCGGAAACAAUGCGACCAAACACAUUAUUGUAGUUUGUAAACGCAAAUUUCCGUUUAGGUGAGGGCGGCCGUCACUUCUAGGGUCACGCCGUCGCCCAUCGGCGUCCACAAACGGCUGACGGAGCAGAGGCAUCAACUGUGCCGUUAUCCCUCCAGUCAUGUCGUCAGGAGGCGCAGCGGUGGGUGCCGCUGGCAAGCGCCCCGCCGAGCCCACCGACGCUGACGGCUUGAGCGCGGGAGCUGCACCCGACGCUGCCGUCGCACCCGCCGCGAAGGCGCCGCGCCUUACCGAGCAGCGCGUAGCUGCGCUGCCAGUGGGUGCCAACCUGGUGGAGGUGGAUGGCAAGUCGUGCACGCACGAGGUGGCAUGGCCGCCGGGGCAGCAGGGCAGCCUGCUGCCUCCGCCGGCGCGGGCAGGGCCGCCAGCGCGCGUGUACCCCUUCAAGAUCGACCCCUUCCAGCAGGUGGCGGUCAACUGCCUGGAGGCGGGCCACAGCGUGAUGGUGGCCGCCCACACCUCUGCCGGCAAAACGGUGGUGGCGGAGUACGCGUUUGCAAUGGCGCUGCGCGACAAGACGCGUGUGGUGUACACCAGCCCGCUCAAGGCGCUGAGCAACCAGAAGUACCGCGAGCUGGCGGAGGAGUUUGUGGACGUGGGGCUGAUGACGGGCGACGUGACCAUAAACCCCAAUGCCUCCUGCCUGGUAAUGACCACGGAGAUUCUGCGUUCCAUGCUGUACCGGGGGUCAGAGGUGGUGCGCGAGGUGCAGCUGGUGGUGUAUGAUGAGAUUCACUACCUGAGGGACAAGGAGCGCGGCGUGGUGUGGGAGGAGUCCAUCAUCCUGGCGCCCAAGCAGGCCCGGUUCGUGUUCCUGUCCGCCACCAUCCCCAACGCGCGCGAGUUCGCGGAGUGGGUGUCCAAGACGCACAACUCGCCCUGCCACGUGGUGUACACUGACUACCGCCCCACGCCGCUGCAGCACUACGUCUUCCCGGCAGGCGGUGACGGUUUGUACAUGGUGGUGGACGAGCGCGGCGUGUUCCGGGAUGACAACUUCAACAAGGCGGUGGCCGUGCUGACGGAGACGGACCCCAGCGGGAAAGGCAGUGGCAAGGGCGCCAAAGGUGGCGGCGGUGGGGCAGGCGGCGGCGGCGGUGGCGGCGGCGCUAAUGGCGUAGCGCCCGCCGGCAGCGUGGAGAGCGGCAAGAGCGACAUCUUUAAGCUGGUCCGCAUGAUCAUGGAGCGGAACUACGACCCCGUCAUUGUGUUCUCCUUCUCCAAGCGCGAGUGCGAGGCGCUGGCGUCGCAGAUGGCCCCCCUGGAGCUCAACAGCGAGGACGAGAAGGCGCUGGUGGGCAACAUCUACUGGAGCGCCAUGGAGUGCCUCAGCCAGGACGACCAGCGUCUGCCGCAGAUCGUGUCCAUGCUGCCCAUGCUGCAGCGCGGCAUCGGCGUGCACCACUCGGGCCUGCUGCCCAUCGUCAAGGAGGUGGUGGAGAUCCUGUUCCAGGAGGGCCUGCUCAAGUGCCUGUUCGCGACGGAGACCUUCUCCACCGGCCUCAAUAUGCCUGCCAAGACGGUGGUCUUCACCAACGUAAAGAAAUACGACGGCGGCGCCUUCAGGUGGAUCACGUCCGGCGAGUACAUUCAGAUGAGCGGCCGCGCCGGGCGCCGUGGCCUGGACGACCGCGGUGUGGUGAUCCUGAUGCUAGACCAGCGCCUGGAGCCGCCGGUGGCCAAGGAGAUGAUCAAGGGCGCGCCAGACACGCUGUACAGCGCCUUCCACCUGGGCUACAACAUGCUGCUGGGGCUGAUGCGGGUGGAGGGCGCCGAGCCGGAGCAGCUCAUGGCGGCGUCAUUCAGGCAGUUCCAGACGGAGCGCAGCUUGCCGGCCCUGGAGGCGCGUGUGGCGGCGCUGGAGGCGGCACGGGAUGCCAUCGUAAUCGAGGACGAGGCGGGUGUGCGGCAGUACUUUGCGCUGCUGGACCAGCUGGCGGGGCUGCGGGCGGCGCUGCGGCAGCUGCUGAACGACCCCAAGGUGGCGCUGCCCUUCCUGCAGCCAGGGCGCCUCGUGCGGCUGCUGCCGGAACCUCCGGAGAUGGCUCGGCCACUUCCGGAGUUCUCCGAACCACCCGCGCCUGGCGCCGCGCCGGCGCCGCCGCCACCUGCGGACCCCCCCGCAUCCACCAGCGGCAAGGGGCCCGCGGCUGCGCCCGUGCCUGAGGGCGGUGGUGGCGAGGCGGUGGUGUCGGAGGUGACCCACGGCGUGUGGGGGGCGGUGGUGAACUUCGAGCGAGUGGGCGGCAAGAAGGAGGGAGGAGACGGGGACGACAAAAAGGGCAAGAAGGGCGUCGGCGGCACCUUUAUAGUGGAUGUGCUGGUCAACACUGCACAGCCGCCGGGCGGGGCGGGCGGCGCCGGCGCCAGCACCAGCGGCGCCCUGCCGCGCGGCACGCCCGUGCGGCUGCUGCCUCCCGGCGACAAGUCCGGUGUGCCCAUGGUGGUCACGUUCUCCAUAAAUCAGAUCGACCGGCUAUCGAGUGUGCGCAUCUACCUACAGAAGGACCUGCGGCCGCUAGACGCGCGCAAAGCGGGCGUGUCCGGACUGGCGGAGGCGCUGGUGCGGCUGGCGGCGGCUGGCGGCAAGGCCGGCGGCGGCCGCGUGCCGCUGCUGGACCCUGAGGAUGACAUGAAGAUAAAGGACAAGACGGCGCGCAAGACGCAGUCCAAGAUGGAGAGCGUGGAGGCGCUGCUGGCCAAGCAUCCGCUGGCCACCAGCCUGGGAGCGGCGGAGCUGCGGGCGCGGCUGGGGGCGCUGCAGCGGCGCGGCGCGGCGGAGGAGGCGGUGGCGGCGGCGCGGCGGGAAGCCAAGGCCGCUACCAGCCUCAUCCUCAAAGACGAGCUCAAGGCGCGGCAACGUGUGCUGCGGCGGCUGGCGUACGUGGACGGCGAGGGUGUGGUGUCGGUGAAGGGGCGGCUGGCGGCGUCGCUGACGGCGGGCGGUGACGAGCUGGUGCUUGCGGAGCUGGUGUUCGGCGGCGCCUUCAACGGCAUGGGCCUGGAGGCGCUGGCGGCCGCAUGCAGCUGCUUCGUGUUCCAGGAGAAGGGCGGCGCGGGCGGCGGGCCCAAGCUGCGUGAGGAGCUGGUGGGCGCGCUGGCGGCGGUGAAGGACGCGGCGCGGCGGGUGGCCAAGGUGGAGCUGGAGUGCAAGAUGGCGCUGGACUGCGGCCCGCACGGCGGCUCCGUCUCUGCCGCCGCCGGCUCCUCCACCGGGCCCGACCCGCUGGACGAGUAUUUGUCCAAGUUCCGGCCCGACCUGAUGGAGCCGGUGGCGGCCUGGGUGCGCGGCGCCAAGUUCGCGGAGCUGGCCAAGAUGACCAGCGUGUUCGAGGGCUCGCUGGUCCGAGCCAUUCGGCGGCUGGAGGAGCUGCUGCGGCAGCUGGGCGAGGGCUUGAGAGGCAUUGGCGAGGUGGCGCUGGCAGAGCGGUUUGAGGCGGCGCGCGAGCGCAUCAAGCGUGACAUCAUCUUCGCCGCCUCCCUGUACCUAUGAUCCCACCUUUUGCUUCGAUUGCGUUGUCGUUCUGGUAUCAUCUGUGCGGUGGGUUGGUUUGGUUUGAUGUGGUGCGGUAUGGGGUGUGCGUGCUGAGCUGAGAUAGUGCGCUGGACAAGAGAUCGCGGGUUGAGUUGUUUGGUUUGUUGCCUGCUGUGCGUGCGCUUGACAGCGGGACACAUGGCGGGCGGUGCCUGUACGAACCACCCCCGAGAUGGGGUAGACACUUGCGGUCUCAGACCGGAGCGGCCUCAGACAACUGUGUAUGCGCAGCCCACUUUUCCCUCCAGAGUUGAGAGGACAAGUGGCAAACCCGGGCAAACCGCUUUCUUGCCCGCUACAGUGUUACGCCAACAGGCCACCUGCUCACUUCAUCCACGUACAAGCGUUGACCGCUGCGCCAAGGCAGUUCAUUCCGCGUGACCACGCUGGGAAAGGACAGCAGUUACGACAUCUGGUGCU